AUCAUGUCCAAAAAAGAUUUUCCCGUGCAAAUGAUCCCACAUGUCUCGUCGAUAAUUUUCGCCGCUGUCUAGUAAAGUAUGAAAAAAAGACUUCGCUCUACAAUCACCAAUCACCACCCCAGGUGCGGCCGACGACUUAGGUUUUAUUGUGUAGCUUUAUUGAAGUAGAAAACAUCACGACGCGACAUACUUAUGUGGUGAAUUCAAGCUCUCAAAGUCAAACGUAGAUAGACGUCUCGAUAAAUUACUUCUUUCUUCUUCAUUGGUUUGCAAACCUUUAUCGCCAUUUGCAACUACACGAUUCCAUUAUCGUUUUAUGUCACUUUGAAGCUACCAAGGUUUCUGAUUCUUUUGUACUACCGCCGGUAUAGGCACAUCAAAAUGUCGUCCUCUCCCAGCAAUAGCUCCCUGAAUAUUGAGGACCACAAGCGGUACCUCACCCUGGACCAGCACAAGGCGAAUAACGUGAAUUGCUACGAGUCCGCCGCGUCCUUUAACAGUCUCGGGUACGACAAUUCCUUCGACAUCCAAAAGUUUCAGCGAAAUUGCAGCAUCGAGAUCAAGAAAAUCGAGGAGGAUGCGAUUGAGUUCGACCUCAUCGGCGCCGAUCCACCGCUCGCGAACGCGUUAAGACGGUGUUUGAUCGCGGAGAUUCCCGGGGUCGCGAUCGAGAAGGUCAUGAUCUACCAAAAUACCGGGGUACUGCACGACGAAUACGUCGCGCAUCGGCUGGGGCUCAUACCACUCAAAAUUGACCCACUGGAGAUGGAGUAUAGAAGUUGUUGUUUUGCAAUUGAUGCCAGCAUUUUUACGUAGCAUAAAGCAUGAUCAUAAGUGUGAGGAGUAUUGUGUACUAGGAGUACGUAUCUUCUGAAAAAUCAUAGCAUAGGGUUGUAUCUAUUCUGCGUAGAACGAUCGAUAUCCAAUUUCUCCAUAUAAACCUCAUCAGCUGGGAGAGGCCUGGUGAGGAGCGACCGGACGGCUGCCUGAAGCCGACGCAAGUGCACUUUCAGCUGCACGCGAAGUGCAAGGACAGCGAUUUGACGGUUUAUUCCGGAGAUUUAGAGUGGAGACCAGCAGACGAUUUAGAGAAGGAACACUUCAAGAACAACCCGCCACGACCACUGCACGAUGACAUCAUUAUCGCGAGGCUAGCGAAAAAUCAGGAGAUCUUCCUCGAGUGCUGGGCGCAGAAGGGGCAGGGUAAAGACCACGCCAAAUUUUCGCCCGUCGGGACGGCAUGGUAUAGCAGUCUAGUAGUAUGAUCACAUCACGACCAAAAGAUGAUUGAAUAACGCUAAUAGAAUUUGACAUGCAAUAAACGCGUGAGAAAGCAUGUGCUCACAUUUGUAUUGCAGAGCAUGCAUGAUAGAGAAACGCAUAACUACUGCAAAUCAGGUAUCGCCUGAUGCCGAAGAUCACACUUACCGAGCCGGUGUACGACGAGGAAGCGGACAAGCUGGCCGCCUGCUGUCCGCCCGGCGUUUUCGCAGUGGAACCGGAUAUGGAGGACUUUACGGGCAAGAGAAGAAAAGCCGUGGUGGCGAACGUGCGCGACUGCACGACUUGCCGGGAAUGCAUCGACCCGGAGAGAGGGGUGCCGGGGAAGGUGAAGUUGCAGAAGGUGAAGGACCACUUUCUCUUCCGCAUUGAGACCAUCGGCCAAAUUCCGGCGGAAGUGCUGUUCGAGCGCGCACUGCAGGAAAUUUCACAAAAAUGCGCCAUGGCCGUGCAAAUGCUGAAAAGUGGCUAAGGAUUGUUGUACUGGCAAAAAAAUGAAGAGGUGGCGAUGAAUUAUGUAAUCGCCCUGUUGAUGCA